GGGGUUGCUGCUCCUGUUCUUCAGGGCUUUUGGGAAGUGUAGUUCCCGAGCUCUGUGUAGUCAGAGGCUCUUCCGCUCCGGGAAAGCGCGGCUGCCACCAUUUCUUUCGGUUUGGGAGUUCAUUUUCCCAGGAGCACCGUUUUGACUGGAUUCCCCAGGGAAGACACCCAGGAGCGAUGGCGUGGCCUUUCUGUCCGGAGACAGCUCCUUCCGAGCUUUGACUGAUCUGUUUCUGUAGGAAGCACUGAGUCACCCCGCGCUAGUGCCUCGGAAUGUCCGCUGCAGUUUAUACAGGAAACGUGAGACGGACAGAGUCAUUCUGUCCCACCGCAUCGUUUUCGUCUCCCGUCCUGAAUCCGGAAAGGGGGGAAAGCAAGGACUUCCUGGCUCCCCAGAGCAUAGCUGCAGUUAUGCCUUCUCAGGACUCUGACUUUCCCCAGAAGGAACAUGAGAAAAUGACCGAGUCUCAGGAGGCCGUGACCUUCAAGGAUGUGGCUGUGGUCUUCACUGAGGAAGAGCUGGGAUUGCUGGACUCGGCCCAGAGGAAGCUGUACCAGGAUGUGAUGGUGGAGAACUUCCGGAACUUGGUCUCAGUCGGACAUCUUCCCUUCAAAGCAGAUAUGGUAUCCCAGUUGGAGACAGAAGAAAAACUGUGGACAGUGGAGAGGGAAACCCAAAGAAAUGGGCAUUCCAGUGAGAUCCACUCAGCUGUUACUUCAGGCAACAAGAACCCAAAUGAGAUGGAGACUCUUGGGAAAGUCAUGUUAAAAUACCUCUCGUGUGAAGAGCUGUCCUGCUGGCAAAUCUGGAAACAGUCCACAAAUGAUUUAACUCUGCAAAGGAAGAAUUCCUGGUUCCUGCAAGGUGAUUCUCUUCAAGUUUCUGAAGAUGAGAACCAUAUAAUGAAUCAUAAAGGAGAUCACUUCGGUUGCCUGGAGAAUCAGGAGUUGUUGAUUCCGAGAGCCCAGGCUUCCUGUGGGAGUAGGUGUCUGAGCGAGUCAGAGAAUCCGAGCAGAGGUAAACAGAUGAACGUGAAAAAUCACCUGCAUGUAUGUGAAGGCUUCACAAAGAAUUCACCACUGAGCGAUCCUGGUAAAACUGACGCAGAACAGACACCCUGCAAAGGAGAGAGACUGCGUCCCUGUAGAGUAUGUGGGGAGAGCUUCAGUCAUGGCGCGGUGCUCCCAGUUCAUCAGAAGGUUGACCCUGGAGAAAAAUGCUCCCAUCUGCAGACUCAUCAGAGAAUUCACCCAGGAGGGACUGUCAAUAAAUGUCCUGAGUCCAGCAAUGGUUUUUAUCAGAACUCCUUUCACCCCCAUCACUCUAACCCUGCAGGAGAGAAGUCCUACAGGUGUGACAGUUGUGGCAAGGCCUUUGGCAGCAGCACAGGCCUCAUCAUCCAUUACCGGACGCACACAGGGGAGAAACCUUACAGAUGCGAGGAGUGCGGUAAAUGCUUCAGCCAGAGUUCCAAUUUUCAGUGCCAUCAGAGGGUCCACACGGAAGAGAAGCCCUACAAGUGUGAAGAGUGCGGGAAGGGCUUUGGCUGGAGCGUCAACCUCCGUGUUCACCAGCGGGUCCACAGGGGCGAGAAACCCUACAAGUGUGAGGAGUGCGGGAAGGGCUUCACGCAGGCCGCCCAUUACCACAUACACCAGAGGGUCCACACCGGGGAGAAGCCCUACAAGUGCGACGUCUGCGGCAAGGGGUUCAGUCACAACUCGCCUCUGAUUUGCCACCGGCGGGUCCACACCGGCGAGAAGCCCUACCGGUGCGAGGCCUGCGGCAAAGGCUUCACCCGCAACACGGACCUCCACAUCCAUUUCCGUGUCCAUACAGGGGAGAAGCCCUACACCUGCAAGGAGUGCGGGAAGGGCUUCAGUCAGGCUUCAAAUCUCCAAGUCCACCAGAACGUCCACACCGGGGAGAAGCGGUUCAAGUGCGAGACCUGCGGGAAGGGCUUCAGCCAGUCGUCCAAGCUCCAGACUCACCAGCGAGUCCACACCGGGGAGAAGCCCUACAGGUGCGACGUGUGCGGCAAGGACUUCAGUUACAGUUCCAACCUGAAGCUGCACCAGGUCAUUCACACCGGAGAGAAACCCUACACCUGCGAGGCGUGCGGCAAGGGCUUCAGCUGGAGGUCCAACCUUCAUGCCCAUCAGCGAGUCCACUCCGGAGAGAAGCCCUACAAAUGUGAGGCGUGUGACAAGAGCUUCAGUCAGGCCAUAGACUUCCGGGUCCAUCAGCGGGUCCACACGGGCGAGAAACCCUACAAGUGUGGUGUCUGCGGGAAGGGCUUCAGCCAGUCCUCGGGUCUUCAGUCCCAUCAGAGGGUCCACACCGGGGAGAAGCCCUACAAAUGUGACGUGUGUGGGAAGGGCUUCCGAUACAGUUCCCAGUUUAUUUACCACCAGAGGGGCCACACCGGCGAAAAGCCUUACAAGUGUGAGGAGUGUGGGAAAGGCUUCGGGCGGAGCCUGAACCUUCGCCACCACCAGAGGGUCCACACAGGAGAGAAACCCCACAAGUGUGAGGAGUGUGGGAAGGCCUUCAGCCUCCCCUCCAACCUUCGAGUCCACCUGAGUGUCCACACCCGGGAGAAACUGUUUAAAUGCGAGGAGUGUGGGAAGGGCUUCAGUCAGAGUUCUCGGCUUCAAGCCCACCAGAGGGUCCACACAGGAGAAAAACCCUACAAGUGCAACAUGUGCGGUAAGGACUUCAGUCACCGUUCACGGCUGACAUACCAUCAGAAAGUCCACACUGGCAAGAAUCUUUAAAAAUGAGAAACGUGUUGACGGCUUCAGUCAGGAUACACACAUUCAGGGUUUUGGACAGUCCAUGCUGGUGAUAAACUAUAAAUCAGGGGUCCCCAACAUCUAAGAUCUAAUGCCUGAUGAUCUAAGGUGGAGCUAAGGAUGUGCUUGUAUCAUCCCCAAACCAUUCCCCCUACCUCUGGUCCUUUGAAAAAUUGUCUUCCACAGAACCAGUCCCUGGUGCCAAUAAGCUUGGGGUCCGCUGCUAUAAAAUAUUGAGAUGGAAAGGGAUUCCUUCAGGUGGCUCUUUCUAGCAAAUCCAUUAAAAUGGUUGGUAACAUAGAACCAUAGAUAUUAACAGGGAAAAAGUAGGUUGUAACCCUCUUGGUAAGAUUCACUUGAUUUAAAUGACCUCUCAGAGUGAUUAUUGGAGAAGGAAAUGGCAACCCACUCCACUAAUCUUGCCUGGAAAACCCCAUGGACAGAGGAGCCUGGCAGGCUACAGUCCGUGGGAUCACAAGAGUCAGACACGACUUAGCGACUAAACCAUCCACCACUACAAAGUGAAUAUAUGCCUAAAGAUAAUGCGUGAAAAGGAUAUUAGCCAUAUACUAGCUAGUUUUUUGGUGGGAGGGUGUGAGUCAAGGAAGACUUGGGGUUAUUUUUUCAUCAACUUCCAUUUUAUACUUAUUUAUAAUGGCCAUUAUUUUUACUAAUACUGUAAAACUAUGAAAAUGAAUAAAAUACUAAAAGUUUCAUAUAGCCAAAAAUUCAUAAUAUGAUGACUUUAUUUUAUAUGAUAAUAUGAAUUAAAACAUGUAUCUGUCACAGAUGUA